AUGAAGCUUUUGAUCUCAGCUUCUCUGCUCUCUGCAAUGGUGUUUUACUCAUCUCUUCUCCCUUUCCUCCACUCUUUCAACCUUUAUAUCUCAGCAACAGCCCACAAGAACUACAUGUUCUUGCUCUGCAAUGGCCUCCUUGUCUUCAUUGUUCGAAACUCCGGUCUUAUCAGCUGCUCCGGCGACCGACACAGCGGUGGAGAUAGCAGGGGAGCUGAAGCUCUAGAGGCUGCCAUGGCGGAUGGCAGCAGCAAAAUUGAGAGCAAAGUUGAAGAUAGAGAAGAAAGGGGAAAUGGGUUGAUUCAAAAAGAUGAAGAAAGUGAAAGAUCGAUCGUUGAGGAUGACGACGACGACGACGAUGAAGAAGUUGGGGCGUUGAGCAAAGAGGAAUUGAAUAAGAAAUGUGAAGAAUUCAUUAGAAAAAUGAAGGCUGGAAUCAAGCUUGAAUCACAGCAAUUGCUUGUUUUGUAA